UUUUAAUUAAUAACGUUAUGGGCUUAAUAUAAAUAUAUUUUUGUUCAAUGGCAAACAUUAAAGUAGCCCAAUUUCGAUGGCUACAAAAUGAAAUAAAACAAAUAGGCUAGUUAAAAUCAUAUUGAAUAGCCUACAUUAAUAUUUACAGAAAAUGACAAUUGCAAUUUAUAGCCUCAGCUCAAGKCAUGCAAAUCGGAAAAAGUGUCUCAAAAAUGUUUAGAUGCGUCCUAGCGUCCUAUUCAACGUUGGCUUGGUAUGACAUUUACAGUAGCCUAUUCGAUGUGUGUGAAUAUUGCUAAAAAUAAUACAUUGACUUUCCAAACACUGUAAAACAUAAACGAAUAUAAAUGUCGUGGUAAAUAUYUGCUCUUAAUUGUUUUCCAACCGUCGCAGGUACGGAAAGUGAAACAGGUAUUGGCUUCACCCUAUUCGUUUUGAGAAACUAUAAAGGUCGCAUUCCUACAGGUAAUAUGGUAUACCUAAACAUUAGUAACAAGACAGUUACAUUUCACAUAGAUAAGCCUAUUUUGUAUUUCAAAGAUAUACUUUUUUUGCUCCACGUCUCGUUUUCAUUACCAACAUGCAUAGGCCUACGAAGUCUUUGCUUAUUUGUUUGUUUCUAACCCUGUGCAAUGGUUUSUCGAUGGGCUGUAGAUGGAUGGAUGAUCACAAAUUCAUACAACACAGUGAGACCUUAAUGAACUUACUCAAUAUUAUGGGUGGGGAGUUUACUACAGACAGUGUGGACGUACCUUUCCCAGAGGACCUGUACACACAAGCUKAAGAUUUACCAACUGAUGAUACAAUUUGGUUCAUCCUCCAAACCCUUGACAAGAUCGCUGAGCUGUUUGAUGGGGAACUAGACUCCGUCUGGGAUGAGAAGAAAGUGGAGAUCUUCCUCAAUGUUCUCACCAGUCAGUCUGAUGGCCUUCAGUCAUGUGUUACGGCCCAGAAAAAAAAUAGCAAGAAUCUGCAAAUGUACUUCAAGAGGCUGAACAACCAUGUCCUUAAAAGAAUGGCAUACAGUGCUCAUGCAUGGGAGCUGGUCAGGAAAGAGGUUAGGGCACAUCUGAGGAGGCUGGUUCUUCUGGGUUCAGCUACAGAAAACAGCAUCUAAACUCAGAGCAACGCAAUAAUUAUGUUCACAAUUUAUCGUCACGUAUGAGUGACAUGUAUUUUUGCCUGUUUUUUUAUUUUUUAUUUAUAUUUAUUGAUUCCACAUAGAAAUGUGUUUUUUUWAAAUCUGGUUUUAAAUCUAUUUAUUUAUGGGGGUAUUUAUUAACUUUUAUUUAUU